AUGUGGGGGUUUAACCGUUUGCGAGUAAUCAGCUCCGGGAAUGGGAUGACUGCGGCCGCCUUACCAUGUGGAUUCCUUACGAAACGGAUGUCCUUUUCCAACUUACCGCGCGAGAAAUUAGACGAUAAUGUUGGAAAAAGGGAAAGAAACAAAAACAAAAAUGAUAAAGAAAAAACUGCUGCUGCUGCUCUUGAAACCUUCCGCUCGACGGCGCCGUUAAGGCAGAAUGCGCCGCCAUCCCUUCGAGAGCGGUCCCUUCUUCGCACAAAAGACAAACCAAUAGGGAAAGAAGAAGAUAAAGGUGAAAAAAGAAUGUUGACAUUUACUAAAAGGAAUAUAAAGAAAAAGGUGAAGGGGAAUAGGCAUCUUCGACAUACUCCACCGUCCUUGUUAGUAAAUGAUGUGCGCUACUUUACAGGUCCCCACGCACGGCGGUGGAUAGAGCUCUUUCACUAUCAACACCGGGUUUCUAUGAAAAAGGAAAAUGAAAAUGAGAUUGGAUGGCGAUUUCUCGCUCCUUCCUACCGAUGCCCUUUUUGUUUUUCAAAAAAAGGGAUAACUCGUGGUGAAAACGCUCAAUCGUCUUAUAAAAAAGGAGAAGAGGACUCUUCAUCUUUUUGGAUGAGCCCGGAAGCGUUGACGAAUCACCUUAGCUGGCUCCAUCCUCAUGAGGGGUGCUCCCCGCAGGAAUUCUCUUCCUUCAAUGAACAUGUCGUGAAAUGCAUCGUAGAACGACAAAAGGUUAAUUGUUAUCGUAAUGAUGACAAUAACAACGGUAAAAAUGGGAAAUUAGAAAAUGAAUCCACAAGAGUGCGUGAUAAUAAUAGCCAGGCCGAUGAUGAACGAACUCGAGUGGGCGUCUCUGCGGAAGGGAGCGCUCCGAAUCAGCUCUCAUCGUCAUUAUAUUCUUCUUCGCUUCCGUUAUCACCUUUUGAGCUUAUUUUACUCGUCGACGUUGCAAAUUUAGAGCUGAACUCCUCGCCGGUGGUGCUCGAGCUUCUAAAAAGCAGGGAGGCCAUGAGUUUUUUUUCCGCCAUCCCGGUCGCGUUUUGUAUGAUUCACGAGAUCUUCAUCCCGCAUACUGCGAAAACCCCACAUGGUUUUUUUCGCCUCGCCCAACUUCAUCCAAGCUCAGAUUUGUUUACGUACUACGCGGUAUCGCGCUUGGAAUCGGGUGAUAUGGGGAUUUCCAGCCUUAUUGCAGAACUAAAACUUGGAUUAGAUGCCUGCUCACGGCGGAAAGUCAAUAAAAAGGGGAAAACCAAAACCUAUGAGAAAUGGAAAGAUAGUUUAGCCUCUCCACUUCUCCCUCCAAUGAUGAUUCUUACAAUGGAUAAGCAUCUGAAGACAAGUUUAACCAUGUAUUACGGUGAUGAUGGUGCCUAUGAAGGGCUUUUUAGCAUGUUUCCAGAUAUGAGCGAGUGUGAAUUAAUGAACAGCGCAAUUCCAAAGCUUUCAAGAAGGUCUGAGGUCAAACUAUACGUUCCGAGGGCGAUCUCUAUUUUUCAGAUUUUACGAAUCUUAUCCCUUUUAAAGAGGAAACGUGAGGUAGAUACAUGA